UUGAGCCUCCUGGGGAGGGAGUCCUUGCUUGCACGUGCCUGCGUGAGAAAUCGACUCUAGAUGGCUGGAGGGUUGCUUGGCUCUAACUAGCUAGCUAAGAUCUCGUGACUCCGAGUGCCCUCUAGUGCUCAGUCGGGGAAGCGCUUAAGCUUUCCGUGGUUCCCCCGGCCUCUGGUGUGUCCAUUUGUAAGCAGUAAUUCUUUACAGGGUUCGGUUAUCUUGGUAACUUUACAGACUGUGAUUUUGAAGGGAGUGGUCGGUAAUGUCCUUUAUGGGGUGGCAACGUUGUGUAUUCAGUGGCGUCUAAUUUGUGACCCAGGACUGAAUUUCUGGAAGGAUGAUGAUUAUGAGCAGCUUAGCCACAUUUAAGCUCUUCAAAGUUAGUGGGUGUCAUCCCUCCUCCUGGAGAGUAAUGUACGGUUGACAGGAGUAUUUAAAUAUUACACUUUCCAAGCAAGUAAAACUUGUAUGAUACUGUUUUUUCCUCAAUUGUCUUGAGGAGCUGUUGUUUUUCUCAAGGAAGAGUUUUUGUGAAGUUAUAAAGGUGCUAUAGAUUCCAGUAGCUCUCAAAUAACAAAAUUUAUUACAGGAAAGAGAUGGAUUUACAAUAAUCUCAAAUACUGUCAUAUGAUUCUUAAACCCAAAAGGCAUUUUUGUGCAUAUAUUUAUUUUCUGAAAAUUGUUUUUUAUCAUUACGUGUAAGCAAAUGAACUUUUAAAUAUGUUUUUUUGCUUAUGGAAUGAAUAUACCAUCCCUGAAGAGACUUUUUUCAGUCAGUUUUACAAAUAAGAUUUACAUAUGAUUUGCACAUUGCAAUUUUAAAUUUUCAAACUGCUGAAAAUUAAAAAGGUCAAACUAUAUAGGGCACUUUUUCACGAGACCUCGUUGUGCCUUUGGAAAUAAUUAUUUUUUUAAAACAUGGUCAGGCCUCAAAGAAUGACUGCUAUUUGAAAAUGCAAAACAAAUUUUAUUAUUUCCUUUUUUUUGAGGCACCAAGGAGCACAGAGAGUAAGGGAUUUUUUUUCUAAAUUGUAGUGAAGCAGCUUUAGGACCCAGGCCUUUGGAGUCUCCAUUCAAAGAGAUUAUUCAUUCCACCUGGGCUAACUAUGUGGCUGGCUCUAGAUUAGUGGCCUGCAAAUGUUCUGACCAUGUCCCACAUUUUACAUUGUGAUACAGUGGGCCUGUGUGUGUAUGCCCUACAUUUAUAUAAAACAAGUUUCAAAAAUAAUAUUUAUCUUAUAUGCAAUUUACUCAUUCUUUUUUACUUUUAUCUUUUGUAUACUAUACUUUUAUCUACUUAUUUUUUAGAGCAGUUGUAGUUUUAUAGAAAAAUCAUACAGAAAGCACAGAAUUCCUGCAUUCCUCCUAUCCAGCCUUCCCUAUUAUUAACUUUUUGCAUUACUGUGGUACAUUUGUUACCCUUGAGGAACCACUGUUAUAUUGUUAAGUAAAGUCCAUAGUUUACAUGAGAGCUCAUUCUUCGUGUCCUAAAGUUCUAUGUUUUUUUAAAAAUGUUUACUAUGGUACCAUAUAUAUGACAUAAAAUUUCCCAUUUUAACCACUUUCAACUAUUUUUAAUGCCCUUCUUGACCAUGAAAUUGAUUUUAUGGUCCACCAAUAGUCUGUUACGUACAGUUUGAAAAACUUUGCCCUAGACCAAAAUCGGGCUUCUAACAAUAAAGACUGGCCUGGAAAUGUUUUAACAGCGUAUUCUUAUAGAUUCAUGGAAUCAGAUAUGAAAAAUGAAUACCUGUAGCUUUUAGGAUACUAUUGACUUGUUUAAAUUUUUAUUAAAAAUCAUUUUUUUGCUUCAUUCGUAGUUUUAUCAUGUUAGGAACAUAACUUCAUGUCUUUUAAUUUGAGUUCUGAAUUGUUAAAAACAGACGUCUCAGUGCACCCAAAUUUGUGAUCCAUGAUAACAAGGAUAUAUGUCACCUUUGUAAAAGGAUGCUGCUGGAAAUGAUUUUUGUUUGGAAAUUUUCACAUAAUGAAAUGGUUCAGAUCAGAUUAUAGCAACUUCUUGAAGUUACUGGCAAAAGGCAUGUUAUAAUCACAUUGGAAGUGAAAAUAACAAAUCUCUUAUCUAUCAUAAGGUUCUCUAAAACUCCAAAUUUAUAUGGAAGGUUUACUGAAAUUGCCAUUGUGCUAUUUUUCCCACCAUUUUUGAAAUGUUUUUAAUAAUUGGGGAUAAAUGUUUGACUUUGCCCUGUUUUGUCUGUCUAAAUGAACAUAUUGCCUAACAAAAUAGUGAUAAUACUUUGCAUUUAUAUAAACUUUAAAAUUAAAAACCACUUAAUGUUACAAAUAAACAUAUGAGUACUUAUUGUAAGUGGCAUCAAGGAAACUACAGGAAGGGGAUGAGCAAGAGACCAACAGGAAGCAGGUAAUAUGUGUUCGAGGCUCAGGGGAGGCUUCGCUGAGGUAACGAUAUUUAAAUACAAAGAAGGAGAAGUGAGUUAACGUGCAUUCUCACUGAUGCACACAGGACAGGUAUUACUAUACUCAUUUUAUAUAUGACUAAAUGCAGAUCAAAGUGGGUAAAUGACUCUUCCAAGCUUAGAGACUUUGCAUGAGUUAUAGUAUCAUGCUAAACUCUGUUUAUAAAAUAUAUAAAGUUAGCAUAAUUUUAACUGACUAAAAUGGAUUUAUUAUUCUUAGGACAAUAGAGCAUAUACAUGGCAUCGUAUAGAACUUUCAAAUUUCAGUAUUUAUAAUUUCCCAUCUUUUACAUAGACUUUUUGGCCCCAAGAUGUUCACUUUAAUAAACAAUUCAGAAAGGUCUCUGAUGUGUGACUUCAAGUAAAAAUAUUUAAUGACUUAAUUCUGUGCAGUCCAUGUGCUGUAGUAAUUUUAACAGAUUUGAAAACUGCUCAGUGGUUAAAUAAUCAUUUUUAUCUAGACUCCUGGAAGAAAUGGAGCAAUGGGGAAGGGUCAGUUUUGGCAGUCUGGGACACCAGGCGAGGACAAUCCGGAUUUGGGGAUUAGGGCUCUGGUAUGGUAAUUGGGAGGGAAAGAACCAAAAAACAAAAGCAGAGAUAGAUGUCAGUAGCUUAUUCUUAGUGUUAGGAAGCACCACUUCAAAAUAUGAUUCUAGGUUACCUCUGUGGCUGAUUUAGGAUUAGUGGCACAUAGUGAAAUGUCAUAUGAAGUUGAUAUGCUCAGUAUCACUGAGCUCUCCAUAAAUAAGUAAAUAAUCAAACAAGCAAAUAAAUCACCGUCAUUUGGAGGGUUGAUAAAUUGUUUUACUUUGGAAGUUACCAAGAUAGGCAUUUGACUGGGAUUCUUCUUUGUCUCUUUGUUUUCUACUCUUUGACUUGUGGGUUUUUUCAGUUUUCUUAUUUCUAGUCUGAUAAGAAUAUAUUGUUUGGUCAUUUGUGGUUCUCCACCUUUGAGGUUCUAUUUUAAAUGAUUAUAUACACUGAAAAGGACAUUUAAUGUUAUCUUUUGAUAAUUUAUUCUCUAAAGGGAUGUAACAAAAUAAAUUAUAAAAAUUUAAAGUUUUUUAGUAGGCAUGUUUUUAAACACACUAAGGAAUAAGAGCCAUGCAUCUGAAUCAUUCUAUUCCCCGAUUUGUUAGAAGGGAAACUCCAGGAGAAAAUAUAUUUAAUGGAUGUUAUAUGCCUUUUAACUAAUAUACAGUAUAAGCAUAAUUUGGAACAUUGUCUUUCAGAAUUUAAGGAAGGGAAGAGGAAGGGAAUUAACAUUUGCUGAAUGCCUACAAUGUGCCAGGCACUGUGCUAGACACUUUGACAUACAUUACAGGGUUUAUUGUGAGCAUUAAAUGAGAUAAUGUAUCCCCAUUUUACAGAUGAGGAAACUGAACUUGCCCCAAGUCACAUGGCUGCCGCCACGGGUGACAUGCCAACCUACCAGAUCCGAGCCCCUGCGACAGGUCUGCCACAGGGAGUAGUGAUGGCUGCCUCGCCGGGAAGUUUGCACAGUCCCCAGCAAGUAGCAGAGGAAGCAACACGCAAACGGGAGCUGAGGCUAAUGAAAAACAGGGAAGCUGCCCGGGAGUGUCGCAGGAAGAAGAAAGAAUAUGUCAAAUGUCUUGAAAAUCGUGUGGCUGUGCUUGAAAACCAAAACAAGACUCUCAUUGAGGAACUCAAGGCCCUCAAAGAUCUUUAUUGCCAUAAAGCAGAGUAACUGUCUUUGACUUGGACCUUGUUUACUAUGACCUCUAAUCAAGGCAGGAGUUGCAGCAGUUCCACUAAUUGCCAUUUGGAAGGGACACUUGUGACCCUUAAGAAUCCAGUUUGGCUUUAGUGUUUGAAAUGGAAUUGGGAGUGUUGUUCCAAGAUUUGGAAUGCAACCAUGAUCACAUUUACUGAGCUUACUUCAAUCCACCUGUCAGUAGCAUG